CACGGUCGUCGUCGUUGCCCGUGUCGCACUAUCACCACCGAGACGCCGUCGCCGUAGCCUUUAGCGGCCACGCUAUUUUCCGUGUAGCCGCGCGGUGGGAGUAAUAGUAUUUCGCUCGGUUUAUAUAAUAAGGGGACGAUGACGACGAGCGGAUACCAUAACAUUAAUAAUAUUUUUUCAUAAUCGUCAUUACCGUCGUGGACGUGGUCGUCGUCGUUGUUAUUGUUGUUGUUGUUGUUGUUGUUGUUGUUGUUGUUGUUGUUGCUAUACGCCGUCGUACCUGACGCGCCACCGGAGUCGUCAGUCGUUCGUAGCACGCGCGUUCUGCAGUCGUGCGCUCUUACGUGCUCACGCCGUCCUCUCUCCGCCGGUCGAUAAUCAAAUACAUCGCGCGCGCGCGCGUAUUUAUAAUAAUUGUCUUUUCGAUAAUAAUAUUUUACGUUGUUCGAUUAUCCAAAGUCACCGAAAAUUCGAACGCCGACGAUUCACAACGCUAAUUAACGUAGAUUAUUAAACUCGUCGUCGUCGUUUUCCCCCUGUCCCCCAUCCGUUCAAGACACCGGCGACUAAACUCGAGGUAAUUUUUGAAAAAAUUAAAAAAAAAAAAAAAUUAUAUUAUUAGCUAUAGUUAUAAUAUUAGUGAAAUAUCGCCGUCGUAAUAAUACGGGUUAAGGCGAAAUGAUAGUGUAUUAUAUUAUUUAUUUGUAGGGAAUAAAAUAAACGCAUUUCCCCUCCCUCUCCCCUCCCAUGUAAGUACACGAUAUUAUGCACCCGUAUGCUAUGCACUGCAGUGAUUAUUAUUUUCACAUCACUAUGCCGACAAAAACGGCGCCAAAGGCAAGCGAUAUAAUCGGCUAUACGUACUAUACGGCUAUACGUACUUACGUACUAUACAAUAAGGCUAUACGUACAAAUGUGUUGUUAUUAAUACUCGCUGUCGAUGCCAAGACGACGGAGCGAAUAAUAUAAUAUAAAACACGAACAUUGAUCAUAUUGUCCCUGCAUACGAUUUGUCGCGCUGUUUUACGAUUUUUUCAUAUUUUUUCCCUUUGAUUGUGGGACGGAGCUGAUAUUUCAAAAAAAAAAAAAAUGAUAUUUUACUAUAAUGUCUCAUAAGACUAUGACGCUUGGGUCUAAUAUGCCCUAUAUACGUGCCCUUUGAUAUAUCGGAUUCAUUGUAUGAUGAUGUUUGAAUCCCCCCGAAAUUAUCAAAAAGCCCCAGUGUUACAUUGGCAACGAAAAAUACGACUUAUUAUACUCUGCUCAAAAUCGUUCUUUGUUAGCAAUGGUUACUCGUUACGUACAGAUAUAUGAAUUUAAUUACUCUAUAAAUCCUCCUUUCAACUUUGCUCCUUAAAUAGUGGUAUACUCAUCAAAAAUAUCAGACACUGAUCUUCUGUAUAUAUAAAAUAACUUAUCCUGACUGAUUCAUCAUCGCCUAGCCCAAACUAUUGGACGGAUGGGUCUGAAAUUUGGCACACAGAUAGCUAUUAUGACGUAGGUAUCCGCUAAAAAAGUAUUUUUGAAAUUUCAAUCCCUAAGGGGUUAAAAUAGGGAUUUUUAGGUGUAUUUGGUACGGAUAUCUAAUUGCUUAUUUAUUUAUUUAUUUUUGUUUGUUCAAGGGUUACCUUGGUGAUACUGAUGAUAAUUUGGUUGUCACGGAUAAGAAAACUGUUAUAAUUAUAAUUAUUACUGUUAUUUACACUAUUAAAAUUUCACAAUAGAUCACUUUUAGUCAGUCCGACAAAGGUGGACUGCCAACUUUCCACCUAAAUGUUUUCAUUAAAUUCUGACACGGUCAAAACCAAAAAUGAAUAUGGGUAAAAGAAAAUAACACAAAUUAGCACGGACACGGGCACAUGACAGCUAGUGAAUAAUAAAAAUGAUUUUAAUAAUUAAAUAACUGCAAACUUUAGUUUCUAUAAAUAUCAGUGACUUUGUUUUCUUUAAAUACAAUUUUUUGUCGUCAGAUUUUCCUUAUAUUAUUGAAAAAACAGGCACCCACUAGACAUGCACAAAAAAUAUCUCCCGAUUUUCCACCCGUGACUGCAAAUAGAUCAAAAAUACUACCAGAAAUGUUCCUUUAAUUUUUUUUUAGUUUUACCAAUUUAUUGAAAUUAGGUAUUAUCAUUGUUAUUGUUGAGUUGUAAAAUGAAUAUUAUUGUCUUUCAAACAAAUAUGUACAUAAAAAUUAUUAAAAUUUGUAUUUGAAUUAUGAUACGUAACAAAUGGUUAAACUAUAAUUACAGAAAUUUCGAGUCCAAAUAUAGUUACAACGUCCGUUAAAUGCAUAUUUUAUGAACGUCUAUAUAAAAUGUAUGACAUAUUAUGUAUAGGUACUUGCAGGAUAAGGUAUAUAAGUUUAACAACUUCAAAACUCUCAAGUUUAUCGAGUAUAUAAAAAAGUAAAGUUUAAAAUGUAUAGUUCUCGCUGUCAUAUUACGAUGUAUACAAUGAGUAUUCGAUAAAAUCCUAGCCUAUUAUUACAUACUUUACGUCGUAUCCAUAUCAUAUCCAUUAUAUUAUUUAUAUAUGAUAUGGUGACGUACGUAUACCGCCCCCUAUUUAAUUUAUGUCAGUCGUUUAAUCGUAGGUGAGGUACAUAGUAUGUACUUACUUAUACGUUAUUCAACUUGAAUCGGAUAGGUGGAAAUAUCUACAAACGUCACUCAUUUUACUGUACGUACUUUAUUAAAUAUAAAGGUGUGCGAAUUUCUUUGAAAUUGUCUACAUAAAAUCUCGAGAAUAAACUACAGACAAAACUCCCACAAUUUAUACAUGAAUAAUAAAUUAUCAAUAUAUUUUGAUAUUAUUAGGCUUUUUGCUUUUGACUAUACCAAAUUCUUAUAAUUUUCAUCCAACAUAAUAUUAUUCAAACGAUUUUACAUAAUAAUAUAUUUUGAUAUUAUAAUUAUGUACAAUUUUGAAUAUGGGCAUUGUACAAUUAAAUAUUUGAAUACAUCGAUUAGGGGGUUUAAAACGUUUUUUUUUCAAAUUGUCUCCAAUUUCGUAAAAUUUGAAAAUGAUGACUACCGUAAACAAUAAGAAUUUUCCAUUUAUUCAAUUACUGUCCGAUAUCCAUUUAAGGAAAAGGGGUAUGGGUAAAUAUGACGUUUUAGAACAAAAUUCGGUGAAACAUUAGAUAUAGGUACUUCUCAAAAUCUGAUUUAAAUUUCUAAAUUACUUGUGUUUGGAGUUGUUGACAAAUUUUCAGAGGUAAUUCAGAAAGUCGAUUUUUCGGUUUAAAAUUUGACGUGUCCAAAAAUGAAAACAAAUGUACUGUUGUUAUUACAUAAAAUGUUAAGCUGUUAUUUCUUAACUUAGGUGGUCUUUAAAACUAAAAAUUUAAAAUCGACUCCCUAAAUGACCUCGAAAAUUUGUCAACAAAUUCAUACGUGCAUUAAAAAUUACAGUGGGACAUAGGGAUGUGUGCUAAUUUCCCACUGUUUGUUGGUUUAAAACGUAUUCGAAAAACAGGGGAGGUCCCCUUAAAAUAUUGAUUUCAUUUAGUAUAGCAGGUAACUAUAAUCGAAGGUUAGCUGAGAAAUAUUCUAUGUAUUAUUACACGAAGGUUAAAGUUUAGUUAAAAAUUAUAACUUUAUUUUAAUAUUAUAUUUGAAUAGUUUUAUUUAUUUAGCCCAAAAGUUUGAAUGAUGAGUAGAUAAUAACUAUUAUACGAGUAUGUAGAUAUGUGGUAUAUAAGUACUUAGUAUAAGUAACUAUAGAUCAGUGGUUCCUAACCGAUGGUCUGUGGGCGUCAAAACAUUUUUAUCUAUAAAAAAACAAAAGGCCCGUGACGACUCCGUUUAGAGUACUUUUUUCUAUUACAUACAGAGUGAUCCACUAAAUGCGCUCACCUUAUUUUUAUAGUUAAAUUUUGCGUACAUUAAAAUUCUGAUUCUUGGAAUUUUUAAGUGUAGUUAAAACCGAUAUUUUCGAAUACUUAGGUUUUUCACGACAUUUAAGGAGUAUCCUGUGAUGAUACCGACUUAAGUUUUUCAAAUGAGAACCUAUAUUAAAAAAUUCCAUAAAUAAAUGGUGUAUUACCCCGCUACUUAAACUUAAUAGUGGAAUAUAUCGCUAACGGAUAGACGGUAAUCAAAAAUUUUGUUGUCAAAAUUUACUGAAAGUAAUAGGCUAUACAUUUAUGGAAUUUUUAAUAUAGAUUCUCAUUUGAAAAACCUAAGUCGGUAUUACCACAGUAUACUACUUCAAUUUUGUGAAAAAUCUAAGUAUUCGAAAAUAUAGGCUUUAACUACGCUUAAAAAUUCCAAAAAUCAGAAAUUGAAUGCAUGCAAAAUUUAACCAAACAAAUGGGGUGAGCACGCUUAGUGAGUAACCCUGUAUACUAGAUAACAGCCGGUGGUAUAUCGUUGUUAUGUUCGCUAACAUUAUUUAUCUGUUUUGUCCACUAUGUUGUAUGUCCAACAGUGGCUAAAGUGGGGAAGGAGUCCCUUCAUACUUAUUAAAGAUAAAAUUAUCCGUCCUGUUUAGUUUAAGAUUUCGAUGUCUAGAGGGACGCUUUAUAGUUAUACUGUUACUGAGGUAUUAUUUUAAUGCAAUUUUAAAAACUCAAAUUAUUUCUAUAACAAUCAAUUCUCUAAUAUACCAAUUGGAAUACACAUAAUCAAAUUCUGUUUUACUUUAUUUCUACUGAAACACAUAAUGUAGGAUCAAUUUUUUUUUUCGUUGGGAAAGGAGUGGCAUUUAUUUUUGAAUUAUAUUAGCGUAACAUAUUUUUACACACAAAAAUAUGUGCACGAAAGAAAAACAUUUUGCAAGUGUUUGAAAGCCUCUACGAUGGGUUUCCUGAAAGCUUAGUUGGUUAGUUCUCGGGAACACCCCUCGAUUUUCAGUAAACACAUAGUACUAAUCCACUUCGAAGUUUUUCCCACAUACAUUUUUAAUUAGUCUGUGACCAAUCAUAAGUUUCCUGAGUGGUGCGUACAGUGUCUAAAAGAUUGGGAAACACUGCAAUUGAUUGAUAAAAUGUAUCGAGUUAGAAAUUUAUAACAAAAUAAAAUAGUUUUAUUCGAUUUUCGUGCAUAUUAUACAAAAUAUUUGGAAUAGUUUUAUAUUUGUCUAGCCUGACCGUUUGCGAAUGACGAAUAGUCAAUAUAAGUAAACGAGUAUACGUAUGUAUAUUAUUAUGUUAAUAACAUUGAUAAGAAUUAUCGAAAUAGGAAUUUAAUGCAUAUAGACUUUCUGUUCGUUUACAUAAACUUAAAAUAUAUAAUAUUACUCGUGUAUAACCAUUGAAUCAAUAAUAAUUUUGCACCGCACGUUUUCGAGAAAAAAAAUACUAUUUUUUAAGUCUAUUUAAGACAGUUUAUGCACGGUUUUUUUUUUUUUUUUAAUUGAUCUUUUAUAAUAUUACCAAUAUUUUACGAAUUGAAACUGUCAUUUAACUUUUUGCGCGAAAUUAUAAAACGAAAUCAAUAUUAUUAUUUAUAACGAUUGAUGACUCAUAAAUCGAUAAAAAAAUUUCAAUUUUCGUUCAGAACAGAACAGAACAGAAAUCUACUGUCAGCCAUUCUUUAGGGGUUGAAUUUUGAGAUUAAAAAGUAGACGAUCUUCCUGUAAUUUUGAAUGUCAAGUUGAAAAAUCAACAUAAAUCGAACUUGAUUUGAUAUUAUAAUAUGUAUACAUAUUAUACAUAAUUAUUUUUUGUUUUUUCUUAACACGGCCAUUGGGACAUUUGAAAUCCGCUUGGCCUAGCUACCGCCAUUGGCCGGCAUAGCGUUUUUGGUUUUUUUUUUAAAUGAAAAUUGUAUAUAUUUUUUUUGAUUUUUUUUUGAUUUAUGUGUUACCUCGAUGACGAAAAAAGAAAACAGUUAUUAUUAUUUAAUUUGAUUGUCCCAGAAAAGAAGCAGCCCUUUUAAAAGAUAAAUUACCAGGCAACAACGAUUAACUGUAAUGUGGAUAAAGAUGGCAACGGGGGGUAGACACGUUAAAUUGAAUUUCUUUUUUCGGUUUCUGUUAUUGAAUGAAUUGGGCCCGGGGAAAUUAUUCAGCUAUUAUUGUAGCGUAUAAUUUCAAUUUACACGUUUCACAAUCAUUAAAUAUCAAAAGUUUUAUAAAAAAAAAAAAAACAACAGCAAUUGUCAUUAUUCCUUUAACGUGUUGAUAUAUUCGUAAUAUAGGUUCAUUAGAACGUACCUACCGACGUAAUCAAUGAAUAAUAAUAAAAAUGCCUGAAAUACGGGGGGGAAAAAAAAAAAAAAAAAAAAAACAGUUUAUUCGAAUCCCACAGCUUCAAAUAAUGAAUAUCGAACAGUUAUCUAUUAUUACGCGAAUGCAAUACUUACGUAUCUGUACGCUAUUUACACGCGGUAUUACUGUUUUUCGCGACCCUUAUUAUUACCGCAGGUCUUAGCGGCGGUCGCAUGCGGUGCACACCGCGAUGACGCACCGUCGCGUCGGUUUUGUUUCGAGACAUUAUCAUUUGUGCGCUGCAGCUAGCCUACAGUUACACCACGGUGCGUAACAUACGUCGCGUACGCGCGAUACAAUAAAAAUAAUAUUACGUGGGGUCCGUUCGGUGCACUUAAAACAGGAGAUUGGCCUUUGUGGAGCGGCUGUGUAGGGAGUUGUAAUAUAUUAAUUGAAUAUUCUGCCCCGGCGCGCAUUUAAUUUGUACCGCUCUUGAUAAUAUUGUGUAACGCAUUUAUACACGUACAGACGUGCUUUUAAUAACGCGCGGAGGGUGCCGCACAGUGACGGAUGAGUAGUCGCCGUUACACAGUACAAUGUGUGUUUAUAUAUAGUAAUACCGUGUUGUGUGCUUACUGUAUAUGUAUACUCGGUCACGUUGCGAAUCAGGAAAAAAAAAAAAAAUAACAAUAACAUCAUCGAUUAAACACGCCGCGGUCGGAAAAUAGUCUGGGUUUAAACUUGCGCCACGCACAAAUAACUGGCCGUCGUACGUGUACGCGGACGUUGUAUUUACGCAACGUAUUUUCCGGGGCCGACCGCGGUACACGUGUAUACGCUGCGGACCACGCACGGCUAACGUCGCAACUUUCCGUCCCGAUUUUGUAGUUUUAAUGCCAGAAGGGAUUGGCCUACCGUCCGGUUCAAAGGCAAAACCUUUUUCCACGUUCGUUCGUCGGUCGGGGUUUUUUUUUUUUUUUUUUUUUUUAGAUUCCGAGUGUAUGGAUGAUGAAUGUAUUAGUUUUAUAAAGAUUUUUUUUUUUUUUAAAUUUUUUUUCGUGAACACGGCGUUACUCCGGUGUACGCGACGUAGACCCGUUUCUGGAGGACAAUUUUCUCGGGAUGGUAAUAUAUAAGAAGGUCAUUUUACAAAUUUUCCUAAGAAUUUUCCUAGAAAAUGUGAAAAACCGGGAAAAUCGGUACAAUAUUAAACAAAUAUUAUUCAAGAAAAUAUAUAAUANCGGAAAAUGUAUGAAAUGUAUAGGUAUUAGUUAAAAAAAUACUACGGCCUUCUAUUUUCCUGUGAGCAACUAUUCUACCAGCAAUUUUGCUCCAAUUUAGAAUGAUAGCAAUUUUUCUGAAAAUAAAUCUGACUGGGAAGGUACUUUAAGGAAGUCAUUUUUCGAUUUUCCCAAGAGUUCCUAAAAAAUGUGAAAAACCGGGAAAAUCGGUACAAUAUUAAACAAAUAUUAUUCAAGAAAAUAUAUAAUAUCUAUUUAAUUAUUUUACCGUAAUAUGACAUGCAUGUUGUUGACAAAGCAUCACCACUCGACUAUCGUUCUGAAUCGUUUUUUCAUUACCGAUGGUUUAUCGUUGCUUACAGAUAUACAUUAAAUUCUUCUCUGUACCUUCUGAGUUUCUCACCUACAACAGUGGCUGCACCCGUCCCCAUUAUCCUAUAGAACAACUUUUUUUUUUUUUAUCGAUAUUUUAAUUUCCAAGCGAAAUAUGAGUUUACCAGUGGCGGAUAUAUGGAUUUACGGGGGAAUGAAGGACAAAGGAGGUUUGGACCCUUCCAAGGCACUAAUAAAAUGUCAUUUAAAAUAGAGAUAACUAUUAUAUCAUAACAGAUCAUUUUUCAGGACUCCUCCCAGAAAAAAUGUUGGAAAGCCGCCACUGGUUUUUACCUUUAAGAGUAAUAAUAAACCAAUUCACUCUGAUAUUAAAACUGACGGUACAAUAUCGGUUCAACUGAACGAUAAGUUUACAUUACCCAACUUUCAACAUUAACUGUAUGUUUCAUGUACAUAUAUUAUGGAUGUUUUUUUUCCUUCAGAUUCCUUUAUAUUUCGCAAACGAUUUUUGGAUUCCGAGCGUAGCAAGGAAAUAUAUUCAUUUUACUGUGAUUUUUGAUUCUUUUCUACCUGUAAAUAAGCUUCUUUGACAGAAAUCUUGCUCCGGUCAUCAAGCGUAGCAUUUUUUUUUUUUUAAAGAAAAUUUAUCUAAUAGGCCUAUAGUAUUUUUUUGAUUUUCCUCGUAGUAUUUUUAAUAAUAUGAUAAAACAAAAAAAAGAAGAAAACUCAGGAAAGUAUUCUGUUGAAUUUCGAGUUUUAUUCAUAGUUAUUUGAAAUUUUCAAGUUUCGUUUAUUUCACAUUAAAAUUUUAAAUUAUCCUUUUUUUGGAUUCGAAACGGAAUGAGAGAUCUAUUGGUUGGUCUAUGAUUUGUUAUUUUGUUUGUAUUUUGUAUUUUUAUUUUUCGUGUAUGUGAGAAAUUUUUCUGCCAAAAAUCUUGUUCCAAACGAAAAACAACAAAAUUAUCAAGGAUAUAUUUUAUUGCAAUUUAAUUAUAGUUUAUGAAUAUAAGAAAUUCGUGUUUUAAUUUUUUUGUAUAAUUUUCUUAAUAAUUGAGAAAAACCCGAAAAAACCAUAGAUAAUGGUUUCAUUAUUUUAAAUUUUGUUUUUUGUUGGAAUUCGGAUAAAAAUAUUCGUAGAUUCUUGAAAUGUUUACAGGAAAAUUAUAUUCGCGUUCUAUAGGCGUGGUAAAAUUCACAAAAUAUUCUGAAAGUUAGUAAUAGGCCGAUUACAUUUUCUAAUAUUUUUACGUAAUUAUUUUCUUUGACAAAUACUGUGAGGAUAAAAUUGUUUGUUUAAACAUAAAUGCUUGAACAUCUAACACGAGGUUCAUUUUAAUUUGUACUUAGUGGUAAAAAAAAAAAAAGUAAAGUGUAAUAUAAUCAUUUUUUUUAUAAUUUUCAAAAGAUUAAAUUUUUGAUAAAAAUCGUAAAUAUUUACGAUACUUUCAAACCAUGUAUAAAAGAACUUCACAUGGAAUCAUUUUUUGUUAGCGAUUAUUUAUUGUUACUUACAUACAUGAAUUGCCUAACUUUAUAAAUACUACCUUUCCAACUUCCCACCUAUCCCUCGGCGCAACCGCCAUCAGCAGUAUCAACUCUUUUUUAAAUUUUUCGACAUCCUUAUGUUUGAUGGUAAAACCGCUACAAAUUAUUUUUAAAGAAUACCUAAUAGUUUUAUUAACGUUUGCUGUUGUAAUGACACGAUACCAUUUAAAAACCAAAUGAGCGUAGUAGUUUCCCAUUAGGGUGACAAAAAAUAACGGUAGUGUACAAUUUUAUAGUCGCUUGUUUAUUUUUAAUUUAGUUAGGCUAAUAAUCGUUUAGGCCAUAAAAUACAUAAUAUCUGUAAAUCUAAAUAAUUCUAACAUUUUUUGUUAAUUUAUAGGCGCUGAUUGUAUUUUAGCAAACUAUAUUGCAUAUUAUUGAAUACGCUGUUUAAAAAAAAUACGUAUUUUUACACUUUUUUGAACCGUGAAUAAAUUGUAUGUUAUUUGUAUUUGUAUAAUAAAACAUAAUAGUAUUGUUGAUUACCUUUAGAUUUAUGGGAACCUGGACGCUCAAAUCCGAGAAAGAUGGCGAUGCGGAUGACGGAGAAGUGGUUGGUUCUUUAAGCUGCUAUAACUCUACGGAACUUCUCGGGGUGCCGGCAAGGAUGCCUCAUCACUAUGGUCCGGAAACACCGAUGCAAUUUCGACCAGAGCAACGUCUCACCAGAGACGCAAUGGAGAGGUAUCUGCGGGAUCGUAACGAUUUAGUGUUGGUCAUCCUACACGCCAAAGUAGCUCAAAAGUCGUAUGGCAACGAAAAACGGUUCUUUUGCCCACCGCCGUGUAUUUAUUUAUUCGGCGAUGGCUGGCGACUUCGGCAAGAACAGCUGCUGAGAGAAGGUGUGUCCGAAGCCAACUCUCAGAUGAGCGCGUUCAUCGGCAUCGGAAGCACCGACCAAGAACUGCAGCCACUCGACCUCAACAACGGCAAACAAUACUGCGCCGCCAAAACGUUGUUCAUUUCGGAUUCGGACAAACGGAAGCACUUCAUGUUGAUGGUCCGAAUGUUUUAUAAUAUCGGUUACGACAUCGGGACGUUCCACAGUAAAAGAAUCAAAGUGAUAUCGAAACCGUCGAAGAAAAAACAAUCGUUGAAAAAUGCCGAUUUGUGUAUUGCGAGCGGGACGAAAGUAGCGCUGUUCAAUAGGCUACGGUCCCAGACCGUUAGCACGCGGUACUUGCACGUGGAAAAGGGGAACUUUCACGCCAGCUCGACGCAAUGGGGUGCGUUUACUAUUCAUUUGUUGGACGACGACGAGAGCGAGAGCGAAGAAUUCAACGUCCGCGACGGAUAUGUGCAUUACGGCAGCACCGUAAAACUAGUGUGCAGUGUCACCGGCAUGGCGCUGCCUCGACUCAUCAUCAGAAAGGUCGACAAGCAAAUGGCGCUCCUGGAAGCCGACGACCCGGUGUCGCAACUUCACAAGUGCGCAUUUUACAUGAAAGACACGGAACACAUGUAUCUGUGUCUGUCCCAGGAACGCAUCAUUCAGUUCCAAGCAACGCCCUGUCCCAAGGAACCCAACAAAGAAAUGAUCAACGACGGCGCCUGCUGGACGAUCAUUAGCACGGACAAGGCCGAGUAUCAGUUUUUCGAGGGCAUGGGCCCGGUCAACUCGCCGAUAACGCCCGUACCGGUGGUGCACAGUUUGAAUCUGAACGGGGGCGGGGACGUGGCGAUGUUGGAAUUGACCGGGGAAAAUUUCACGCCCCAUCUCCAAGUGUGGUUCGGCGACGUCGAAUCCGAAACCAUGUACCGGUGUCAGGAGAGCAUGUUGGCCGUCGUGCCGGACAUAUCGUCGUUCAGGGGCGAUUGGCUGUGGGUCAGACAACCGACGCAAGUGCCGGUGUCUCUAGUGAGAAACGACGGGAUAAUCUACGCCACGGGGCUGACGUUUACGUACACGCCGGAGUCGGGGCCCAGGAAUCAUAUUCAGACCACCGACGAAAUUAUGCGGGCCGCGCCUCAUACGCACGGUAGGCUACAGCCGGCUGUUGCCGACGUCCCGUGGAGCCAACAUUCGAAUAUCAAAGAAUAUCAAUGAUAAUAACGGCCGCGGCAUAGGUAAGUGCGGUGAUUCGGACCAAAGACAACAUCGACGACAGAAAAAAUAAAAAAAAAAAAUAAAAAAAAAUAAAUAAAUAAAUAUUACUAUGAUAAAGUAUUUCAUAAUAACAAUAAUAAGUUGAAAAUAUUGGGAAUACUUUUUGCACGUUAAUGUCCGAUACGAUUAUUAAUUUUUUCUUGCAUUUUUCAAAUUGUAUAUGUAUAUAUACGGUAUAAUUAUAGUUGUAUUGGCACACGCACACAUCGGAUUUCCGAUUAAAAUACUAAUAGUAUUGGGGUACUACUGAAAUUACUAUAUUUUUUUCGAUAGAUUUAUUAAUUUUCGCAGAAAAAAAAAAACACCUCGAAACGUAUCAAAUACCGAUAUUUGUUCGCAUGUAUAGUUUUGUCCUUCUUAAAAUACCAUCGUAUAUUAUUAUAAUCAUAUUUUCGCGAACGGAUAUUAUGUCAAAUUAUAAACUUGUAUUGCGGGAUAGGUAAUAAUUAUAAUAAUUACAUAGUUGAAAUAUUAUUAUAUUGUACUCGUAAUCGAUAAGUAUUUAUUAUUAUUAUUAUUAUUUUUUUUUUUUUUCUUUAAAUAGGUAAUUAUCGUUGUUGCACAUCAUAUUCGCGUGUCGGUUCCUUUUUAUUAUUUUUCUACUAUCGCUAUAGGUAUGCGCGCGUACCUAUUGUACCCAUUGGUAGUGUAAGAGUUUUUUUUUUCUCUGUCCAUCAUGCAUGAUUGGUCGAAACAAUAAGCGGAUUCCUCCCCAAAAGUCAUAAUUGUAUUGAAAUGACGCAUAACAAUAAUUAUCGUUGGCGUGCAAAUUUAGGCAACGCUAACACCUGUUACAUCAUGUCAUUAAGAGGACGUAUAUUAAUACCCGCGUGCGCUGUCUCCGUCUUACAAACCGCGCGACACAGACAAUUUUCAUUCGGCAGGGAAAACUCUGUUAGUUCAACAAUACUAGAAUGUAUCGGCCUAUUAUCAAACUUGAAGAUAAGAACAGAGAUAAGAUAAGAUGUGUCCCGUUUUGUCAGUUUUUUUUUUUUUUUUUGUAAUUUUAAUAAGUCAAUUCACUCUAGUUUUACUAUAACAGCACAAAAUUGUUCCUGGACAGCGAACAUUUGCUCUGUCGCGCGGAGACAGUGCUGCAGGCGGGUAUAACGUCUUCUUAAUAACAUAAGAUAUAUUGUACAAUAAUAUAUUAUAAUUUAAACAAAUGAGUCGAUAAAAACAUUUGUAAUUAUUUGGUGUGUGGACAGUUCGUAUAUCGUGAAUUUCAAAAGCGAAUCAAUAUCACUAUAUUAUUAUUAUUGCUCCCGUUACGUAAACGCAGUUAUAAUUUUAAUGUUUCAUUAUAUUUAGGCACAUAUAGUGACGUAUUUAAAGGGGGGGGGAAAUUGACCUCGGGCGUCACAUUUAAAGAGGGUGUCAUCAUUGAUGUGUUUAGACUUUCGUGGUUAGGGAUCUUCACUAAAAAUCUGAACACAUAAACAUCUAAUAAACUAAAAAAAAUUGUAUUACUCAAUUAUUGAACCAAUAUCACUUAUAAUCUUGGUCUGACUUUGAUAAUUGGUAUUUUGAAUUAUAUAUUGAAAUUUAAAAACAUAUUUUGGCGGAUAAUCUCAUCGGAGGGGCAGCGGCCCACCCUGCCCCUUCCGUAAACACGCCUACUUUUAAGACAUCUUAAAAUAGUAAAAUUUAUGUAUUUUUUUUUUUUUUUAUAUUAACCCCAUCUUACAGUUUCCAGACGUUCUGUAGUGAGAUCUAAAACAGUGUGCUUUAGAGCACAUAGUGUCCCGUACAGCUCGAAGUUCCAAUGUGUUGUAAAACAAAUUGUUCUCAUGGUAAAGGUCGUCGAAAAUGUAAAUAAUUCUCUGAUAAAUAAAUAAAUGAUGAUCAAACAGUUUUUUUUUCAAUAAUUACUUUCUAUAAUAUUAUAGUUCCUUGUAAUUUAUUUGUAUACGUAGUCUUGGCAUAUCAAAAUAAAUUGUAAUAAAUGAAAAGAAAAAAAAUUUGAUUUGCUUUAUUUAUUAUAGUUAACCAAAGAUAAUACUAUGUAUUAACAUGUAAUACCAUGUUAAUAUAGAAUUCGGUCUUUGAGUCGAAAGAACGUUCCUAAAAAUAUAAUUUAGAUUACUAUAGUGUACGAGACAAAAAUAAACGACAAUCUAAAAUCGACUAUUUACUUAUCCAUAUAAAUGUUUUUAAAUUUUAAAUUUCGGUUUUGAAAUUCGCGAUGUCAUUUUGCAGAUUGUGGUAGCGUAUAUCGUAUUGCAAUAUUUUUAUUUUAAGUUUAAUUUAGGUUAGGAUAUUUAGUAUAAAUAACCAUAUAUUAUACAACUAAACAAAAACGCGUAAAAAAGAAAAAUUAAUUUUCUAGGUGCUUGAAAUUGUGCUAAACCCCCCACCCCUUCUCUUAAAUAUUGUGUAAUAAAAUUGUAUAAAAUAUCGAUUUAUAAAAAAUAAGUUUUAUAAUAAGAACAAUUUUUUUUUUUUUUUUUGCUUUAUUUAAUGCCUAUUAUACAUUAUUAUUGUAUAAUUGUUAAUAGCGUAAUUAGUGAUUUGAUGGGUAUACAUUAUAGAUAGGUAUAUAAUAUUAUAAUCGUUUUGGUAAAAAAUUAAUCGCCAACAAUGUUUUUCAAUAUUAUAAUAACAUAUACUUUCGAUUUGUUUAGAAUGAAAAAAAAAAAAUAAAUUAUAUUCUUAUUUUAUACGAAUAUACAUCACUGCGUAUAUUAUAAUAAUAAUUACAUAAUAGUUAAUUAUAUUGUAAUAUAUAGUUAUAGGUAGUAAAAAAAUACAUUUUGUGCCGAGAUUUUUUUAUAACGUUAAUAUAUUACUAUACUAUACACAAUAAUAUACGUAGCAUCUGUAAAAUAAUACAAUAAUAAUAAAUUAUUAUAUUAUUGUAGUUAAACUCGACUGAUUUUCUACAAGAAAAUGACAAUUAUACGACAUUAUAAAAUGUUUUUUCUUUCUUUUAACCGGCCGUAUAGUGGAAGCAAAACCCCGUCAUAUUUCUUUAUACGUUAAUAUAUUGUACCUGUGUAUAUAGCAAUUGUAUAGGCAAGGGUAGUGAGAUUUAACCCCUCCUCCAUUUCGAAACGACUGCAGUAGUUCAAGUCCAGAUUUCCAAUCCCAAGUCACUCCUAUUACAAAUAAUUGAUAAUCAGUACAGUCCCCCCCCACCACCUACCCACCGGCUGUACAAAAAUCUAUACCUACGCCUGUCUACUAGGUAUCACACAUGUAUUCAUGUGUAAUAUUACAUUGUAUAAUAUUAUAAUGGUAUUAGACCAAACACCGAUUCCGCUUUAUCAUUUUUACCGCGUAUAUUGAAAUAUAUAAAGUUAUUAUUUUAUUAUGACAAUAUUAUUAAUAUUAUUAUUAUUAUAGCGUAUAACUGUAAGACAGUAAUGCCAAAGAAAUUUGUUUAGUUUGUAACGGUUGUGCAUAUUGUGAUCAAUAUAUUAUUUUAGAGCGUUUAUUUUGUUAUUAUAUUCUUGUAUAGCUUUCUUCCGUAGAUAUUAUUAUAUAUUUUUUAAGAGAAAUCUAUCGACUAUUAAUAUAUUUAUUUCUUCGGUGGGUACCUAUAUAUAUAUAAAUAUAUUUAUAUUAUAUAAGUAUUUUUUUUUUUUUUUUUUUUUUUGUGAUUUAUCGGAGAUAUUACGUAUAUAAAUUCAUCUUGUAUUAUUGUUUUUACGUUGACUUGUAUUUUUAUUUUUUUUUUUUUAAAUCAACAACAAUAUACACUACUGCUUGCAGUAGCUAACAACAUAUGAUAUUAUAUUAUUAUACCUAACUCAACGUUUGUUUGUUUAAACAGGAAAAAAAAUCCAGUGUAUUUGUUUUUGUUGUUUACUCAUCAUACACAAAAUUUCAUAUUAUAAUGUUUUUGUUUUUUUUAAUAUUCCGUAUAUAGUUUACUUAUUGUAUUCGGAAUGAAUAUGAAAAUAUACAUUAUCAUAUUAUUAUAAUUAAAAACAAAUAAAAAAAAAACAAUACCUAAUUUUUAUAUUUAUAUAAGAAUAUUUUGUGAACGAAUUUAGGUGAUUUUUUUUUUAAUUUUACAAUAAAAUUGCUCGG